ACAUCAGCCAGGAACGCCUGCGAUGCCGCCGCUCCUGGCCAACCUCCGAGGAGGAGGAGGAGGAGGAGGAGGGUCCUGCCGGCUAAGAGAUAAUUAGCCCCGCUCAGCGAGUGGGGGGAGGCGCCAGUUUUCUGGGGGACACUGGCUGCCACUGUGCGCGCAGCUGCCCAGGGGAGCGCACGGACGCUUGCAUGAGUGCUGGCGGGUUCGCAGCGGUCAGCUGGGCUCCCGGGAGCCUGUUCCAGGUGGAAAGGAGGGGACGUCGGGCGCAGGGACCAGCGGCUCGCUGCGGCUCAACAUGACACUCCUGGGCUCGGAGCAUUCCUUGCUGAUCAGAAGCAAGUUCCGAUCAGUUUUACAGUUACGACUUCAACAGAGAAGGACCCAGGAACAACUGGCUAACCAAGGCAUAAUACCACCAUUGAAAAGUCCAACUGAAUUCCAUGAGCAAAGAAAAAAUUUGGAUAGUGACAAGACUGAAGAUUCCCUGAAGCGCAAGGCCAGAAACAGGUCCGACCGUGCCGACUCGGUUAAUAUGCACAUUCUCCAAGCCUCUGCUGCAGAGAGGUCCCUCCCAUCUGCUCAGAUGAAGCUGAAAAGAGCUCGACUUGCGGAUGAUCUCAAUGAGAAGAUUGCUCUCCGGCCAGGGCCCCUGGAGCUGGUGGAGAAGAACAUUCUUCCUGUGGAUUCUGCAGUGAAAGAAGCCAUAAAAGGUAACCAGGUGAGCUUCUCCACAUCAGCAGAUGCGUUUGCCUUUGAAGAGGACAGCAGCAGUGAUGGGCUUUCUCCGGAUCAGACUCGAAGUGAAGAUGCCCAGGGCUCAGCAGGGUCCCCACCUGACACUAAGACCUCAGAGACCCCUUUGGCCGGCCCUCCGGGGGCGAUCCAGGAUCUUGCUUCUGGCUCAGACAAUGACAAGAAUGACUCCACCUCGCAGCCCAGCAACCACUCAGACCCGGGGAAGCAGGGCCUUGGCUCCCUCAGCGCUCCCAUCCCUGUACACACUGCUGUAAAGUCCAAGUCCUUGGGAGAUAGUAAGAACCGCCACAAAAAGCCUAAGGACCCCAAGCCAAAGGUGAAGAAGCUCAAAUACCACCAGUACAUCCCCCCAGACCAGAAGGCGGAGAAGUCCCCUCCCCCCAUGGACUCGGCCUACGCGAGGCUGCUCCAGCAACAGCAGCUGUUCCUACAGUUGCAGAUCCUCAGCCAGCAGCAGCAGCAGCAACACCGAUUCAGCUACCCUGGACUGCACCAAGGCCAGCUCAAAGAACCAAGCGAACAGAUGGUCAGAAAUCCAAGCUCUUCUUCAACACCAAUGAGCAAUACCCCUCUGUCCCCUGUCAAGAACAGCUUUUCUGGACAAACUGGUGUCUCUUCUCUCAAACCAGGCCCACUGCCACCUAACCUGGAUGACCUGAAGGUCUCUGAAUUAAGACAACAGCUUCGAAUACGGGGCUUGCCCGUGUCAGGCACCAAAACAGCCCUCAUGGACAGGCUUCGCCCCUUCCAGGACUGCUCUGGCAACCCUGUGCCCAACUUCGGGGACAUAACGACUGUCACUUUCCCUGUCACACCCAACACGUUGCCCAAUUACCAAUCCUCCCCUUCCACCAGUGCCUUGUCCAAUGGCUUCUACCACUUCGGCAGCACCAGCUCCAGCCCCCCCAUCUCGCCUGCCUCCUCCGACCUGUCGGUGGCGGGGUCCCUACCCGACGCCUUUAACGACGCCUCCCCCUCCUUCCUGCACCCGUCCCCAGUCCAUGUCUGCACGGAGGAAAGUCUUAUGAGCAGCCUCAAUGGGGGCUCUGGACCUCCGGAGCUGGACGGGCUGGAUUCUGAGAAGGACAAGAUGCUGGUGGAGAAGCAGAAGGUGAUCAACGAGCUCACCUGGAAACUGCAGCAGGAGCAAAGGCAGGUGGAGGAGCUGCGGAUGCAACUGCAGAAGCAGAAGAGGAACAACUGUUCUGAGAAGAAGCCGCUGCCUUUCUUGGCUGCCCCCAUCAAGCAGGAAGAUGCCGUCUCCAGCUGCCCUUUUGCAUCCCAACCAGUAUCUGUGAAAAGACAAAACAACGGAUCAGAGAGUCAACCGCCACCUUGCGAGACUGCCCAGCUCCUGCCCCUUGGAAAUGCCCAUUGUGUGGAGUCCUCAGGUCAAACCAAUGUACUUUCUUCCACGUUUCUCAGCCCCCAGUGCUCCCCUCAGCAUUCGCCACUGGGAGUGGUGAAGAGCCCCCAGCACAUCAGCCUGCCCCCGUCCCCCAACAACCAUUACUUCCUCCCCUCAUCUUCCGGGGCUCAGGGAGAAGGACACAGGGUCUCCUCGCCCAUCAGCAGCCAGGUGUGUUCUGCCCAGAACCCGGGAGCACACGAUGGCCACCCUCCAAGCUUCUCUCCUCAAUCUUCCAGCCUUCACCCCCCUUUCCCUGGAGCCCAGGCAGACAGCAGUCACGGUGCUGGGGGCAAUGCUUGUCCCAAAAGCCCAGGUGUUCCGCAAAAGAUGGCUGGUUUACACUCUUCUGAUAAGACGGGGCCAAAGUUUCCAAUUCCAUCCCCAACUUUUUCUAAGUCAAGUUCAGCAGUUUCAGACAUAACACAGCCUCCAUCCUAUGAAGACGCGGUUAAACAGCAACUGACUCGGAGUCAGCAGAUGGAUGAACUUCUGGAUGUCCUCAUUGAAAGUGGAGAAAUGCCAGCUGAUGCCAGGGAGGACCAUUCAUGUCUUCAGAAAGUCCCAAAGAUCCCUGGGCCUUCCCGGAGCCCUACUGCUGUCCUCCCCAAGCCCUCAGCUUCCUUCGACCAAGCGUCUUCAGGAGGCCAGCUUGCCUUCGACCACUAUGCCACCGACAGCGAUGAGCACCUUGAAGUCUUACUCAAUUCCCAGAGCCCCUUAGGAAAGGUGAGCGAUGUGGCACUUCUGAAAAUCGGGGGUGAGGAAGCUCCUUUUGAUGGCAUCAUGGAUGGAUUCUCUGGGAAGGCUGCCGAAGACCUCUUCAAUGCCCACGAGAUCUUGCCAGGCCCCCUCUCCCCAAUGCAGACACAAUUUUCACCCUCUUCUGUGGACAGUAAUGGGCUGCAGUUAAGUUUCACUGAAUCUCCUUGGGAAACCAUGGAGUGGCUGGACCUGACUCCACCCAGUUCCACACCGGGUUAUAGCUCCCUUGCCACCAGCGGCCCCAGCAUCUUUAACAUCGACUUCCUGGAUGUCACAGAUCUCAACCUGAAUUCCCCUAUGGACCUUCACUUACAGCAGUGGUAGAUGGCCUGAUGCAGCCAUGCUCAGGAAAACCCAUUCCGUGGGGAAAAAGCACACUACCAUAAAUUCUCAUAUUACCCCCGCCCCCAGAUACAAAGAAGAAGAAGGGAAUUAAAAAGAAGCACGGAGACUUCUAUGACAAGCAACAAGAACACACAGGGGUCAUUUUUCCAAGAAAAAAAAAAUAUAUAUAUAUAUAAAAUGUCAUAUUUACCAGCAUUCAGUAACUGUCAAUGAUGUCAAUAAUGCAUUCAACAAUGAGCUUUCUCAGAUUAUGGAUGCCAAAAAGUAAUUAUUUCACUGCCUUUUCAAAUAUCAAUAUUUUUUCUAGCCCAUAAUUUUUAUCAGGCACUGUUGGGGCAUAAACUCAUACUGUAAGCUUUCCUCAUUAAUUUACUAGACAUACUGUGGAAAGAAAACAAAGUCUUUUGGGAGAAAAAGGAAGGACAUGCUCAUGACUGAGGCAGUGUCCUUUGUCUCCAUUUUCUGUCUUUCAGAAGAGAAGCCAGGUUCAACUUCAGUGAGGGAGUUCUUCAGGAAGAAUAGGAGGACAGAAUCUAUCCAUUCCCAGGAAAUCAAAAAUCAACUCGAUGUCCCUCUACCCACAACUGCCCCCAUUGGAGUAGUUCCCAUCCUGUACUAGGAUUCUUUGUGGUCACUUGGCACAACUCAUCUGCGUUUGGUCUGGAGAGUUUCACCCAAAACUUUCCUCCAUUUCAACCAGUAGCCCAGUCAUUCCCGCCUUCUCUUUGCUGAUAAUCCUUGUGUAUUAGGUGAGAACCUUGAAGCAAGAAAACCUCUUGCCUGGAAGGGGCUCCUCAGGUUCUCCACACAAUUGGCUUUUGAUCCAAAAACCAAAGAUGACCACACGAGCGGGAAGCCUUAACAGAGAUGAUUCAGACAACCAUAGAGAGCAAUGUUGCUUCCCAUGCCCCAGGGAUAAACACCAAGGGUUACCAUAUCAGGACUAUUACUUAUGGAGGUCCAACUUCUUUUUUUGCUUUGUUAUGGAAGGAAGGGUCCACCUUCAUUUAUCUCUCUCCUAUUCCACUUUUAUUUCCUUUUUUCCAAGAUGCUAAUCAUUUUUCUCCUCUUUUGUCAGUCCCUCCUUUUCUGUCCCAACACUGGGAGGGGAUGACUUCUCAACUUUAGUGAGCUGCCUUACUCCUAACUAAGCCAUUUUUUAAAAAGCUAAAAGUCCGGGUUGUCCUGCAGAACUCAUUCUGCAUAUGCAUAGUUGAAAGAGUUUCCUUAGGAAGAAAUGGAUGACUUGGCCCAGCAAGUCAUCAAGCUCAUUCUACUCCCAUUGGAUGUAUGAGUAAUCACUGAUUGGUGUUCCUCUGGGCAAAUUGGAAAUCUUAUAUUGCAAGGAUAAAUAUGGGUGACAUUUACCGGAGAGAGUAUUUCAGGUCCGGGGUUCUGAAAGAAAGCACAACUGCCCACUGAAAAACAAUGGCAGGCAAAAAGACAUGGUCCAACGUGCAUUCCUUAUCAUCUCUCAUGCUUUGGCUGGGAGUUUAAGAAACUCAAUAUGCAAGACAGUCUCCAUAGGGCUCACUGUGGCUCCAAUUCACCAUUUUAUAGUGUUACAUGCUGUAGAAAGUAGCUGUUGCUGUUGUUGUUGUUGUUGUUGUUUUAAUUUAAAUCACUGAGGCACUGUUUUCUUUUGUAAAAAAAAAAAGUGUUCACUGUGCACUUAUAGAGAAAAGUAAUCAAAAAUGUUGUGAUUUUAGAAGCUGUCGUUUUGAUAAACCAAAGAUUUAGAAGUCAUUCCAUUGUUAACUUGUAAAAAUGUGUGAACACAAAGUGUUUUUGGUGACUGCUACUCUGAAAGCUGCCAGAAGUUGGCGGGAGGGAGAUAAAUAUACACAUAGACACAUGUGUAUAGUUAUAUACGUAUGUGUAUAUUAUAUGUGUGUAUACACAUGUACAUAUAUGUGUAUACAUACAUACACACACAACGUGUGGGUGCAAGUAUCUUGCAAAGCAGUGUUGCAGAGUUCUAUACCAAAAGCCUUUAACCCUUAACAUGCUGUGAAUGAUACCUGGCCUUUCUCACUACAACUUCCUGAUUAAUCUACCAGACCACACGUUGCCUCUCUGUGUAUGACUCAUGGCUCCAGCCCGAUGACUCACAGCCACUUGCUUCCCAUGAACAAGCUCAUCUUGGCAAUGAAUAUGGAUGUGAAAAGACAGAAAGUCUUCACCAUUAGUAGCUGGAAAUGGUAAUGUGUUGUAAUGGUGUUGAAGAGCACAAAAGGAACAUGAAAAUCAUUUUACAUUCCUUGAUCUGCAUUGUGCUUUGAAAGAUCCACAUGGCAAAUAUCCUACUUUGCUUUUUAUGUCAGCUAUCAGAACCAAAAACCUAGAGGGAAAAAUUACAGGCAUUUUCUUUGCAGAUGAAGCUAUGGUGAAAGAAAACCUUAACACAUUCCACACGUUGGUUUAUUCUGCCGAUGUUGAUAUGUUUUUUGGGUGUUGACAAAGCUUGUGAUCAGUAUGCUUUUCAGGUGCCAUGUUUUGUUAUUUGUAUGUUAUUCUCCCCCCUCCCCUUACUUCCUGUGGAAAACAAAUUCACCUCCUACCCUAUGUCUCAGAAUUAAUCUUCUGAGGUCCUGGUCUGAGUAUUAAUUGUUUUCUCCUUUGAGUAUUUCUAUCUGAAGGACUAGACCUGGUUAGGAGGCAUCUGUAUUGGCUAGAUUGUGCCUUUUUGUUGGGAUUUUAAGAAGAUGUUACCUAGGACUGAUGUAUCUGCCUCACAGUAGACAAAAGACAAGCUGGCUCCUACUUCUAUUGCAACCCAGCACAGUUCAAAGAGCAGAUCCCAGAAUAACUGGGCUCAGUCUCCCCCCACAGUCUUCAUUCCCCUCAUUCACCCUGUCUCUUUGUAGGUCAUUUGUGACACUAGGGGUAGGGGUGGGGGGACUGUAGACAAUUAAGAGAAAAUUGAUGAAGCUGGCCUCUCCUAGUGGAUCAGAUAUGUUAACUCAUCAGUUUCCUAUUGGAGAUAUUUAUGUCAAGUUCUUUUAAACUCAGUUAUGUUCUCUUGUUGGAUGAGUGUAACUAACAGUUGUAUGGAGAUGGAUGAAGAAGAUGGCCACAUUCAAGUUUCGUAAAGUUCUUAGAACCUGAAGGCAACCACAUGUAUUUUUCUUAACACUGCUCAAGCACCCAGGGUGAUGCAAAUCUGCAGACAUUUGCAACCAUUCCAAUGUUGCUGCAACCCAGUAAAUCCAUACUUAGCCAAUGGAGUCAGAAAAUUCAUUUGCGAAGGCACUUUCAGUAACCCAAUGCUCAUUAUUACUGUCUCUGCUUCUAAGGAUGUUGUUGAGACAACACACAUUCUAUUAUAAGGAAGAGCAAGCGAGAAAGAGAGGGAGGAAGAGAAGAAGGGGGAAAGAGGGAUGAAAGGAAAGAUAGAAGGAAGAGAGGAAGGAAGGAAGGAAGAGGAAGGAAGGAAGGAAGGA